GAGAGGGUUGCACCUUUGUCCGACUUUGUGUUUUUCUUCAACCACUUGUAUAUGGUCCCCACGAAAUCACAUGUACCAUUAUUCAGUAUCACAUGUAUCGGUUUUAUGUGUAUACAACCAGUAUCAAUCUUGAAUCUCGAAACUACAUCCCCUUUCAAAAUUGAAGCAUAAAUUAUCGUUAAUGGAGAAAUUAGUGGAAGUAUCAGAACCAGAAAUACGAAUAGAUUUUGCACUAGGCUGCAAAUGCCGAGCUACAGUGAACCUCAGAUCACUUAUUGCAGCCUCUCCAGUAGCAUUCAAAGUCCAAACCUCGUCUCCUCACAAGUUUCUUGUCAAUCCACCCAGUGGCCUAAUAUCACCAUUAUCUUCAACCUCUUUCCAAGUGAUUCUCAAGCCUCAAGCCCAAAUCCCAUCCACUUUCCCUCGCUCUCCUUCUGAUCGCUUCCUCCUUAGAACCGCAAUAGCAUCUGAACUGGAAUACAACUCGUCUUCUGACUCGACUCAAUCUGAAAUCGUUAACUCCUUGUUCAGCUCAAUUGGGCAUCGUUCAUCUCAUGACAUAAAACUCAAGGUGGUUUUCGUAGGCCCUUUUCUUCUUCGUCAUGCUGUUAAUAACAGAGAUUGUGAUUCCGUUAGGAAUAUUAUCAAACGACAACGAUCCAUUUUCACCGAGUUUUCAACCCGCGAAGCAGAGUCACUUUUCCGAGUAGCAAAACAGCUGCCUAAUAAUAGCAAUGACAUGGUGAAUAUCUUGAUUGAGGGUGGACUGAAGGUGGAAGCAUGUACUGAACCAAAGGAUGUUAAAUGGGGGUCCAAGGGGUGGACCGCGUUACAUAUUGCCGUUGCAAAUGACAGGAGAGAAGAGAUUGAGAGGCUGGUGAGAGUGAAAGGAGGGUGCAGGUGGUUGGAUAGCAGAGACAAGGAGGGAAGAAUGCCGUUACAUUUAGCGGCGAGUAAAGGAUUAUAUGAAAGUGCUAAGAAGUUGAUAGAUUCAGGUGCGCAAGUGGAUGCGAAGAGCAUGGAUGGUCGAACGGCUUUGUUUAGAGCUGCUGCUAAUGGUGACUGUCAAAUGGUUAAGAUGCUUGUUGAAAUGGGUGCCGACCCUACUCUCACAGAAUUGCAUCUUGGCCGUUCCGCUCUUGAUAUCGCCCGAGCUAAGGGCCAUAGGGUAGUCGUUAAAAUCCUCGAAAGAGGAGAAGCAGUUCUACAUGCAGCAAGGCGUGGAGACCUUCAGCUGCUCGAGACUCUUCUCGAAAAGGGAGCAGCCACCAACUUCUGCGAUCAAUACGGUCUAACAGCUCUUCACAUGACAGCGAUUAAAGGAAACAAAGAUGCAUUAAUGAUAGUGGCUGAAUUCGGAGCGGACUUGGAAUGUCAGGAUGGAGAAGGCAACACUCCACUGCACAUGGCAGUCAAAGGCAGCUGUGCACAGACGGUAGAAGUGCUGCUGAACAGAGGAGCCAAUGUGAACGCCAGGAACAAGAAAGGUGUCACUCCGCUUUCUAUUUCCAAAUUUUUGGGUCAUGAAGAAAUAACGCAGCUGCUUAUUGAUGAGGGUGCGGUGCUUUCUGUAAUUCCUUCAAAUCCGUCCUCUCCCCCGUCUUGAUUUUUGACUAAUAUAGAAGUACAACUUUAAUGGGAUGUAUAUAAUAUCAGCUGAUUCAAGUAUUGAUCAAAGUAUAAAUUCCCUGCCCUGCCUUUCCAACAAA